ACACUUUUUGUUUUUUUAUUUUUCUUUUCUCUUUUUUGCAUAGUCAGGAUAUAUCAUGUUAACUUUAGUACGCCAAAAUUUACGUCGAUCGGUUCGAAUUCAACAAUCAGCAUACCUUCAUUCCACAACCAUUGCUAAUAGUCAAACAACAACAUCAACGACUGCUGAAGAUGCAUCAACUGUACAGCCUCCAAGAAAACCAUCGUCUGUACCAGCAGGUGUUACUCUGAAAGGCAUUAACUUUUUGAAGGAUGGAAAAGAUCCUGUGGCAUUAGAAGACAAUGAAUAUCCUAUGUGGCUUUGGGACCUUCUUGACGAAAAGAAACAGAAACAGAAAACCACCAAACCUUCCAAUCGUCAAUUCCAUCGCAAGAACAAUCGGGACGCUAUUAAAUCUGCCAACUUUAUGAAGGACAAGAAGACAUAAAUUAGAGUAUCUUUGUAAAUAGACUUUUUUUUUUCGAAAUUUGAAAUAUUCCAUUUGAUAGUCCCCACAGACAUAGACAUACACGCUCACACACACACACACCUAUACUCAUAUACAUACUCAUAUUAUAUAUAUGCUCAUCCUUACUGAAUAGUCUUUUCUUUUUCCUUGACUUUGUCUUACCCAUUUUACAUCCAAUAUAAUAAAAAAAAAAUUCAAAUAUGUA